CGCCGUCCCUGCAGGCGAGCAGCCAUGAGCCGCGUCCUGGGCUGUGCGGUGCCCCUGGGGCUGGUGCUGCUGGUCUGCGGAGCCCAGGGCUACUUCCUGCCCAACGUCACCCGCCUGGGCGAGCUGCUCGGCCGGUACCAGCGGGCCGAGCCGCACUCCCGCGCGCGCAGGGCCAUCCCCCGGGAGGACAGGGAGGAGAUCCUCAUGCUGCACAACAAGCUGCGCGGCCAGGUGCACCCUCCGGCCGCCAACAUGGAGUACAUGACCUGGGACGAGGAGCUGGAGAGGUCGGCGGCGGCCUGGGCCCAGGAGUGCGUCUGGGAGCACGGGCCCGCCCGCCUGCUGGUGUCCAUCGGGCAGAACCUGGCCGUCCACUGGGGCAGGUGAGCACCGCCCCCGCCCGCCGCGCCCCUGCUCGUGCUCUG